UCAUUAAGAAGUGACCAGACCUUAAAUAUAUACAUACAUGAUUCGAAAACCUUGAACGGGAAAGGCUCAUGCUGUGUUCCAAACUCUACAGAUGUCGUGGAAUCUCGAGAGAGUAAAAAGCGAUGGCUGUACCCCGCAUCCGAGAACGACGGGAUGUUGCGCCGUUGGUCCAAUCACCGGACCUGCAUGGGUUCUACAUACGAUAACGAGCUACAGUUGGUUGAUGAUUUCCUGGUUAUCUAGACCUCGGGAUGUGGCAUUGUAUAUAUUACCUACCUAGGGAUGGAAUGUGGUAACGUUGCGGGGUAGAUCUAUUACUAGUUGAUAGGUAAUAUUGUCUUAUUCGAGGAUUCCUACGGCACCGUGAGAUCUGGGCAUGACAAAGGAAAUUUUAAUGGACAACUCUUCGGACUCGUGGCAAGACAAAGCAGUCUCGGACCUCCUAAAAUCACAGUUCUACGGAUAGGUUCCCUUGGAUAAUCGGGGUUAACAUGGCCAGAUCCCAAGAACACGGAGAGCAACCUUCUCGAGUAGGGGAAGGUGACGAAGAGAAGAUUCAACCGGAAAUUCAGCAGCAUAUUAGCAGAAGUGAUAAGCAUGAUUCUGAAAAGGGCCUUGGAGAUGGACAAGGCCCGGGGAAUGGGCAAUAUGCUCAGAUCGACCCGGCUAUUGCCAGUCGCAUCGCGGAGAAUGUUGACGACUUCAUGACCCUCGUCAACGAGGCGGACGACGCAAAUGAGAGGGAACGAGAUAUGAAACUUUCCCAUGCCUUCAAGGUGUAUCCUAAAGCCGUCGGCUGGUCGAUGCUCCUCUCGUCAUGUAUCAUAAUGGAGGGAUUUGGGACUUCGAUUGUUGGCUCGUAUAUUUCUUUCCCCCCUUUCCGCGAUAGGUUCGGCACUCAAGCACCCAAUGGAGACUAUCAGAUCCCCGCGAGUUGGCAGAAUGGCAUUGCAGGCGCAACCAAUGUUGGCGAGAUUAUUGGCCUUCAGAUUGCCGGUGUUCUGUCUGAGCGCUGGGGCUACCGUUGGACGAUAAUAUCUGCAUUGGUUGCUGUCACGGGAUUCAUCUUCUUUCCGUUCUUCGCCAAUAGCCUCACGAUAUUCCUCGUUGGUGAAUUAUUCCAGGGCAUGGCCUGGGGCAUUUUUCAGACCAUGACCGUGGCCUACGCAGCUGAGGUCUGCCCUGUACCCCUGAGGCACUAUCUUACCAGCUAUGUCAACCUCUGCUGGAUUAUCGGCCAAUUCAUCUCGGCGGGUGUGCUUGUCGGGCUCGAAGGUCGACAAGACGAGUGGGGAUACAAGAUCCCCUUCUCCCUACAAUGGAUAUGGCCGAUUCCUAUCGCUAUCGGCACAUAUCUCGCACCAGAGUCGCCCUGGUGGUGCGUUCGACAUGGCUACAAAGAACGAGCGGAGAAGUCGCUAAAGCGGCUGGCUCGUAGUUCCGGGUUUACCCAGCGCGAUGCCGAUGCGGCAAUGGCUUUGAUGGUCUAUACGGACGAGAUGGAGAAGCAGGUCUCCGAGGGGACCAAAUACUGGGACUGCUUUAGAGGUACCGAUCUUAGGCGGACUGAGAUUGUAUGCUUUAUAUGGCUCGCACAAACCAUGUCUGGUACAGCUAUCGGUGGCCUAUCGUCUUAUUUCUACCAGCAGGCGGGAAUAUCAGACGCAGAUUCGUUCAAGCUAAGCUGGGGCCAGAAUGGUCUCAACGCUGUCGGGACAAUCGCUAGUUGGUUCAUCCUGAACAAGGCUGGCAGAAAGACGUUAGUGUUCUGGGGAAUGAUCGUGAUGUUUAUUUUACUCCUGAUCACCGGCUUCAUGGGAAUUCAUAAUCCACCUAGCACUGCAGAAGCCUGGACAGCAGGAACAAUGGUCAUCCUACUAAGCGCCACAUCCAACUUCUCCAUCGGCCCUGUGGUUUAUACCAUCGUCUCCGAGAUCCCAUCGACACGGCUGCGUGCCAAAUCCAUCAUCUUGGCCCGUAACGCCUACAACGCUAUUAAUAUCGCCUUUAUUAAUAUUGUCUCGUACCGGCAGAUCAAUCCAGCCGAGUGGAACUGGGGCCCCAAAGCUGCUUUCUUCUGGGCUGGCACGAAUAUUAUCUUUACGGCUUGGAUCUUCUUUCGACUGCCUGAAACUAAAGGUCGAACCUACGCCGAGCUCGAUAUACUGUUCGAGAAUAAAGUACCUGCUCGUAAGUUUGCGAGCACUAAAGUCGAAACCCUACUUCGGGGCACAGAAGGCGCACAAAAGGAACAGGUAGAUCUUAUUACCAGUAAUGAUGCGGGCGAAAGGAGAGCUGAGACUUAGAUGCUGUACUUCUCUUAUCCCCUAUGUUGUUAGUGAACGCGGGAAUAUUUACGGUAGAAUCAUGUAGGAAGAAAGGAGAGUACGUUAUAACUGAAUUGUUUACCAAAUAAACGAGUGCAUAUAUCAAGCU